AUGGAUAAAUCUGUUUUAUUGGAAAUGCAACUUAAGGACGCACUAGAUAGAGAGACGAAUCUAAAAAAACUAAAUGAGUCAUUAAUGAAAGCCAUGGGAGAUAUAUCUAACCAUGACAAAGGAAAAGAAAUACAAUUAUUAAAUUAACUACAUGAGCAAGAAAUUUCCAAAUUGAAGACUUUUCUCAAUGAAAGGAUCACUAUUUUAGAAUAUGAAGUAAGUUUAUACUCAUAUUUAGUAUCGAAACAAAUGCUAAGAAUUCAGUAAAUUAGAAAAAAAUUACAAUCAAUUGAUUCAAGAUUAUGAAGAAUUAGAGAAGAAGGAAAAGUAUCAAUAUUUAUUAAUUUAUUAUAGAAAAUGCUAUUAAUGCGCUGACUUUUAACUAUAAAUUACUUAAAUUCUAAAAUAGAAUGAAAUUUAGAAAGAAGGAUUGGCCAGAGAAUUUUCAGAAGCAUUAAGCAAUCAAAAGUCAAUUCUGGAAUAUGUAAGCAAUAAAGACCUAUUCUAAGGAUUCCAAUUGUCUUAAAUUAAAACUAAAAUAAGUUACCUUUGAAGUAGAUUAGGAGUUAAAGGAAAAAGAAAAACUAUAAAAGUAUAUCCAAGAGUUGAGUUAAUCGCAUGAAUAAGCAGUAAUUCUUAAAAAUAAAUUAGUAAAGAAGCUUAUUGUAAUAAGUUGCAGAUCUCAACAGAGUACAUAAUGAAACUAUCAUACAAAAUAAUUAGUUUCAAAUCUCGAGCUAAGCAAGAGAACAAUCAUAAGCAUAAAAAAUUUGUUAAUUGGAAUAGGAUAAAAUAAUUUUAGAAAAGAACAUCUAAGACUACAAGUAAUCAGUAAUCCAAUUAUUUUUAGAGAAUAGAAUGCUAAAUUGGAAAACCAACUAAAAUAGCUAGAACUACUAUUAAAGGAAAAGGAAAAUAAAUUAAUUGAAUAAAAAAUUGAACUAUCAAAAAAACUAGUAAAUGAAAAGAAAAUUACUGAAUAAUGUUAAGCAGUAGCCUUGAAAUUAAAAAAUGAUUUUCAAAGGAAAUAAUCAAUACUUAUUGAAGAAUCAUUAAAAAAAGAAUAACAAUUGAAAUCUGUAUAAACGUAAUUGACCAGAUAAAAGAGCAAAAAUAAAUAUUAUGAAAACGCACUUAGUUAAGUUAAUUUAUUGGAGGUCAAAAAUUCAACUCCUAAAUAAAUUAAACAUAAAAAAAAUAAUUUCUCGAAUGACUUUCAUAAUUCACAUCAACCUGGACACACUAAGGUAAUGUUAAAUUGAUUUCUAGAAUGCUCUAAGUUAGGGUCAUGUAAAUAAAAUUAAAAUAUUGCCAUCUUCAAUAUAAAAAAGUGAAGCAGAUUCUAUACAUUUUAAUUUAACUGAUAUGCUAAAUUCUACAAGAAAUCCAGAUCAAUAAAAUCUAUCAUGUAGAUAAUCAAAUGAAGACAUUGGAUCACACAUAGAGUAAUUUAAUUGUGCUGCAAAAUUUGUAAUUCCAUUUUAUUAUUCCUAUUAGGUUUAAACCAAUGAGGAUUCAGUUAUUCCUAUUUAGUAAUUGACAGAUAGACAAUUAUCCCCAAGAACAAGAAGUAUUUUGCUAUUAAUUAUACACCAAUAGUUUAAACAGUCAAUCCGAAAGGACCACCUUAAAGAAUAAGAUAAAUUCAUGCCGAUUUAUAUAAAGAAAAUGUAGUUCUAAGGCCUAAAGCAUGA